GUGUCUAAGUUCGCUUGUCCCCCAGACAUCUAAUAAAAUACCCAUUCCGGGCUUCCCGGUAUCGCACACGGUUGGGCCUGCUCGGAAUAAUUUACCACCCUACAUCAUCUACCACUUGCCCAUAAGUGCUGGAAGCAAAGAUGGUCUUGGACAUUCUUAAACGUCUCCCGUCUCUGAAGUAUCCACCAGCGCAAGCAGGAAGGUGGUCGCCGGUCACCUCCACACUUAACUGGUGUGAAGAAGACUAUUAUGCAACGAUCUACUCUGCAGAAAUAAUCAAUACUUUGACGAACAUCUGGUUCAUGUACCUGUCCGCCAAAGGCAUCCACAACUGCCUGACUAACGGACAUGACACUACGUUUCUGGUGUCGUACAUUGGAUACCUGCUGGUGGGAACCGGCUCUUUCCUGUUUCAUUCUACGUUGAAAUACCCCAUGCAGCUUGUUGACGAGCUCUCGAUGAUAUACACAACAUGUCUUAUGUGCUAUGUGACUUUCUCGUUCGGCAAGACAAGCACCUAUAGAUCAGUUCUCGCUUCGUCGUUGGUCGGCUUAUCUCUCUUCAUUACUCUUUAUUACCAUUUUCUACAAGACCCCGUCUUCCAUCAGACUGUCUACGCCAUUCUCACAGCCGUGGUUUUCUUUCGGGCUGUAUAUGUGAUGGAGACACUGCUUCGACCAAAAUUCCGAACCAAACCCACAGGAAAGCGAGAGGAACAACGAAACGUACAGAUUCUGAGCGAGAUGUGGGUCAUGAUUGCAUGGGGCCUAAGCAUCUUCCUGGGUGGAUUCUUCUUCUGGUAUCUGGACAUUGCUCACUGUUCGACUCUGAGGCGCUGGCGGCGUGAGAUUGGAAUGCCUUGGGGAUUCUUCCUGGAGCUUCACGGCUGGUGGCAUCUUAUGACUGGCCUCGGCGGCUAUUGCUACAUCGUCUGGGGUAUCUGGCUUCGACACUGUCUGAAUGGAAGACAAGACGAGUUCAAGUUGCAUUGGCCUCGGCUAACUACCAUGCCGAUGGUGGUGAAAACGCAGAACGCGGCCGACAGACACGCUAGCUACCUCACCAACGGUGUGACAAAGAAAGAGAUGUAGGAUACUGCGGUUGGAGGCACGGUGCGGACAGAAAUCGAGAAGAUGUACUCUGGAGCGGUGCAGUGCAGGUGUGAUCGAUGGAUUCGAACAGACAAAGGGCUGUCUGGCGUGGCGUUCGCACAGUUGAGCGUUAUGCCGCUAUGCGCGAUGCAUGCGCUACUUAGUACGCCUACGCGAUGUGAUCUGCAUAUUCAGGCCGGGCACAUCGUUGUGGCGCGCAACCGGCGCGUGGCAUGUUGCAGAGACAAUACAGAUAGACUCGGGGUCCCCUUGGCCUCGAACGAGACUUUGCACAGCAUUCGCGAAUGAUGGAAGCACAAAAGCUGGUGCCUGCCGAGUUCGUUUACGCAGGCAAGCGCGUAAACAAGACUAGCCUAGCGCGACGGUCUGUGCAGUGU